CGCGGACGAGAGAGACUCGCACACGCUCGCUCCAUUUCAGAUCUCUUGCUUUCGUCGCACGCAUCCAAGAGCCUUUCUCCCUUUUCUCCCUUCUCUCCUGUACAAUACCCGACCAGGCUCCUUUCUCAUCACCUUCUCUUCCGGCGUACCACGAACAGACGGAAAGAGGACAUAACAAAGGGCAUGCAAGAUGAGAUCCAAGAGCGACGCGAGGCAAGUGCCCCGCGAGACACAGCAGAGACUGCAACGCCGCCGAUGAAAGAGCAGGAGCGGCCACCUCUGCCAGCAGCAAUCACGGCAAAGGCGGCAGAAGAUGCGCGUGACGGACAGUCUGCUCUAGAGGAAGGGGGAGAGAGGGGUGCAGAGGGAAGCGAAGAGGUCCCGGCAGAGUCACGUAGCAUGGACGGCAUCGCUGCGCAGACGAGGCCGCGGAGCCUGUCACGGUCGAGCGCAACGAGCGAGGAGGAGGGACAAUUGGUCGAAGAUGAUGAGGGCGAGACGGCGCGUGGGAGUGCAUCCAACUCUCAAGCGACGCCCACGGCUGCACGAUCGCCCCAGAACGGCGGCGGCGGCAGUAGCAGCAGCAUUGCAGCCGGCGAGCGAUCGGCUGAGCGCUCGCCAGUGUCGGCCUGGCGCCAUGGGCCUGCUUCCUCUUCGUCGUCCCAGCUGGCUGCUGAUUCGUCCCACCCCUCAAAUUACCCUCCGAGAUGGGGCGCGUCGGAGCACCGGGCCUCUGACUCGGGCCUGUAUCGACCGGGGACAGACUUCAGGUCAUCCUCGGCGAGCCGGUCUCGCACCUCCUCCUCGUGGUGGGAUGACCGAAGAGCACAGGACGUGCAUCGGCACCGGGAGAGGGACAGAGACAACAGAGAGAGAGAACGCGAGAGGGAAGCGUCGUACGCAGCGGCGCGUGGUGGUGGCUACAUGGGCCGGUCAAUGAGCAUCCCCAACGUCGAUGACCGCAUGGCGAGGGACGAUCGGGAGCUGCACUCACCUGCCUCGGCCACAUACGACGAUCGCGACCGCGACAGCGGCAGAGCGGCUCAGGCUCAGGGCUGGGUCAGGAGAGGCACUGGCGCCCUCCGGGAUCGCGAUGCACUCCGGUCGUGGAGUGGAUCGCAGGCUCCUCCGGCAGGCACAAAGUCUGGCCCAACCUCCCCUGUAACGGGAUGGAGAGAUCGGUACUGGGCCGAUCGAGGCGGUGAACGCAGCAGCGAGACUUCGUACUUUCCGAGACCGCACGAACCCGCGGAUGACUCUCCAAGGAGAAGGCGGAUCGACUCUGGGCUUGCUCGAAAUGCAGACGAUCGAUCUGCGCCUUCGAGACGCGAGCGAGAACGGACGGCGAGUGCGGCCACAAGCGAAGAACGAGCGAGGCUAUCACCCGGCGCUCCAUCGUCGAGAGACCAAAGCCCUUUGUCGUCUUUCAGGGCCCGCGCCAUUCGUCGGCGCUCCAACUCAGUCUCUCAAGAGAGCAGCUCCUUGGCAGGCGAGAAAGAUCCCAGCAUCAACCGACGCAGCUUCUCGAGAGCAUCGUCGCCUGCCGAGAAACCUACGCUGGGAGGCAGCAAGGCACGUGCGUUCAAAGAGGAGCUUCUUGCGCCAAGGACACACUUGCUUCCCGGCAACGAUACACAGCACACGGAAAGAGGUGUGGAUCCUCCAUCGAGCACGUCUGACAGCGUCGCCGCCCUGGAAAGUCAGGAAGUGGAGAAUCGACCAAUGAAACCAGAGCCAGAGCUCGAAGAGGCGUCGGACCUUAUCGCUGCAGGACAAAGGGUAGAACCCCCGAGACAACUGGACGAGCCGAUGGCACCCAUCGCAGAGGAAUCGCAGGCAGAGCUGGCGCAGGCUGGCGUAGCCCUUCCGUCGUCGACAAUGCCCGUCGAAGCGGAAGAUGGACGAGAAAUGAUCAAACAGGCAAAGGAGGAGGCGGUGGCGGCCGACGAAGAGGCUGCGAGACACGAAGCGGAGCUGGCUCGGGAGACUGUUGUCCCCCAAGUGGCGCUUGUCGAACGAGACCAGCCUCCGACGGCCACCGACGAUCAGAGGAAUGCUGCUCUGGGUGCCUUGGGGGUUCAAGCACCCGCACCAGUGGUCGAAGCCGAGCUCAGUGUCGAGUCCAGCUUCCCAAAGAUCGGAGGCCCUGGGGUUACGUCGUCGAGCGAAGACCACAUCGCUGCAGAGUGGAGCCAGCCUCCCGCUGUAUCGUUGCCCGUCCAUCUAUCUGCGACGCAGGAAGAAGCUCUGCCCACCAGGGCACCCGACGACGUCAAGAUGUCGUCAAGCCCCACCGAGCCAAUGCUGGAGCCGAUACAGGAAGAGAAGGUGGACGAAGAAGCGAAAGUGGCAGUCGAAGAAAUGCAGGUCGACGACAUGGGUCAGCCGGACAGCAAUGAGAUGCAAGUCGACCGAGCACCUUUUCUGCACAUUGAUGCAAGCCGGGGCUUGAAUGAUGAGGCACCGUUGAUGACUCCGCGGACCCAAGAAGAGCGGGACAAGGCCAUGCGCGCCACCGCUCGCCAGAUGCUGGAAGAGCAGAAGCGAGACGAAGGCCGAAUCGUCGACGAGAUCCUCCGCGAGAACAAAAAAGUCGCAAGCCAGAUGACGUACAAAUUUCUCGAGUCUGCCAUCCAUGGCCAGCCUCCGAAGCCCCUCGACGAAGGAAUCUGGCUCGACGACGAUGAUGAGAAGGUCAAGGUGGUGCAGCGCCGUCUUCUGCAGGAGGAAAAGGAGCGACAGAAGCGGCUCACGGAAAAGGUGGAGAAACUGCGGAGCCAAUAUAAAAGUCUCGACGAGGAGUGGAAGGUGCAUCGUGCUCGACUAGAUCGGAUGAGUGAAAUUCGAGAACAGCAGCAGCAACAGCAGCAACAGCAGUCGCAGGGCCAAUACCAGCAGCAACAGCAACAACAGAGCUUGUUCAAGCGUCCCUCGAUGCACCACCAGUCGAUCAGCGCGCCUGGCCUAAGUGGAGGAAGCGGGGGUCUCAGCACUCUGUCAACCGCAGGGGACGAUCAUGGCCUGCUCGCGUCAAUGAGCGGGUCCAUGUCCAGGAGCAAUCGUCGCAAUGCCCAAGCCGGCUUCGCAGGAUUCGGCGAUGCCGUCCGUUCCGAGGCCGAGUUCCUCGAGAUUUUAGCGUCUCUCGAAAGCGCAGACAUGCAGGACCCCAGCGUUCGAGCAGCGAGGACCACGGCCACGGAGCCGGACAUGAAAGUCAACCCAGACUCGGAUGAACCGCUCAAGUCUACUUUUGACGACGACAAUGGCUUCGUGGCUGACCACGUAGCCUUCUAUCUGGACGACUUUGAUCCCGAUUACUGGUCCGCCGAGGAAAAAGCAACGUUCGAGCGCAGGUAUGCACUCUUUCCUAAGCAGUUUGGCAAGAUUGCCCAGUCGCUGCCGGACAAGACGGCUUCGCAGUGUGUGCUGUAUUACUACCUGACAAAGAAGCGGGAAGGACACGACUACAAGGGCAUGAUGGCUGGCCGAAACAAGGAUCGAAAGCGCAAGGCCAGAGCAAAGCCCAAGAAAGGUAGAGGAAGUGCCCUCAUGGCCGACCUCAAGGCCACAGACGAGGUCGAAGAGGAAGAAGUCGCCAGUCCACUCGAGGAGGGUCAGCCACAGGGCCAGCAGCCAACCAACAAGAGGCGGGCGAGGCUGAUGACGUCGGAAGUUGCGCCCUCCGCCGACGAGGAGGUCACCACACCCACGUCGGCAACGCGCAAGCGUCGUGCCGAGGAUGGCGCCGAGGCUGAAGAGAAGAAGGGCAGCGCAUCGGCAUCGCGGUCCAAGGGCAAGCGGGCCAGAUCGGAGAAGAAGGCAAAGACGAGUGCAAGUGCGACACCAUCGACGGAGAACAAUGUCGUCCCUGGCGGCGAAUCGGGCUACUCGUCGACCGUUGGCACACCGGGCGAGGGAGACUUGGCGGCCGCUGAAGCAUUGGGAGCUCUGGCAGGCUACGGCGAGCAGCCACCGAUGGUGAUCGGUAACGAGGACAGUAAAGGAGGCAAGCGCAAAGCACCCAAGCCUGCGAGGCCCCCACCAACAUCCAUGAGUAUACCUACGACGCCUACCGAGGGGUACCCCGGAGCUGGAGCUGGAGCUGGAGCUGGAGCUGGAGCUGGACCAGGACUAAUGGGAGUGGAAGGUGUGGCAGCCGAAGAGUCUACGAAGAGGCCGAGACAGUCGACCUCGUCGUACUGGUCGGUGGCAGAGAGAAACGAGUUUCUGCGCACGCUGGCCGUGGUGGGCAAGCAGUGGGACUCGAUCGCUUCCAAUCUCAAGACAAAGUCGGCUGCCCAAGCGCGCAACUUCUUCUCCCGCAAUGCGGUCGAUGGUGAUUUCGCGGAAGCCGCUGCGAUGAGCGAGCAGAAUGCUUCUCUGUCCUUAGAGCAAAGACAGGAAGCGGCCAACUCCUUUGUCAAGAAGCGCAUGCAGCAGCCUGUGCCUUCUCCAGCCCAACAGCUCCCAAUGCCGCUGCCGCUGCCGUCGCAACAACAGCCUCGAUCUGGUUAUUUUCCUGCUUCGCCCGGCUUGCAACGUGGGCCCAGUCCUCCGCCACCGUCUUCGACGGCUCGGAGCGGCCUCAAUAUCAACAGCUUGCUCAACGAAGAGGCGCCCGGUGAGGAUCUGCGCCGGCGCAGCUCCCUCAACGAGUGGUUUGGCACAGACCAUCGUCGCGAGUACCAACAACACGAAGAUCGGCGCGGCCAAGACGAUGGAAACGACGACACGGACGAAGAGGAGGGGCCCUCGUCGCCCCACAUGGACGAGAAGCCCAUUCAGAGGGACUACUUCCAACCGCCUCGAAUUUCGCUUGAUCCGUACUACCACCAGGGCGAAGCACCUGCCUCGGCCUACCACCGACCGUCCUACCUCUCGCGGAACGACGACUAUGGUCUGGGCAGAAGGUCGCCUGGAAGUGGCCCAACGAUCAUGACUUCGAUGCCGCCCCCUUCCGCUUUUGUUUCAACGGGUGCUCGAUACCCAGUGCGGUCUCCUGGCCAGGGUCCAAUGGAGCUUCCCCUUCGGUCCUCGUUGCCACCGCCGCCGACUCACGCACCUCCUCCCCCUCUGCGGUCUCCCACGUACCGUGACGAUGCACUCCCGCCCAUCCACCGUCCUCAACCGUCGUCGAUGGAGUUCGCGAGCGGCCAUAGUCCGCAUCAUCAGCAGCAAGCGCAGCACCACCAGCACCAAGUGGCAAGCUUUGAGAGAGGAAGCUAUCCUUCCGAGAGGCCCUCCUCGUCGCCAUCGUCGUGGAGUCAGUCAUCUACCACGCAGCAUCGUCAUUCCUCUUGGCCAACACCGUCCCACCUGAUGCCCCCGGCACCUUCUCCGACCCGCUAUUCGCCACAGCACGAUGGUGGAGGCCCAAGCCCCUUUCGAUAUCUCUCCCCCUCGCACCAGAGCCCUCCGGCCUCGGAGUCCUAUCACCGCAGCUCCUCGGUUGGCCACCAGCCUCAGCCCCCACCGCCUCGGCUGCCGAGCCCCAGCGGCACGAGACCCUUCAGCCCAUUUGCCAGGGAUCACCAGCAGCAGCAGCAGCAGCAACAACAAGAGAGGGAGAGGGAGUGGCAUCGGCAGCAACAGCAGCAGCAGCAGCAGCAGCAACAGCAACAUUUCCAAAGACCUGGUUCUCGUUAAGAUAUCCCGCUGUUUUUCAGUGAUGCAUGUACUUUUACAAGAGGUCAAAGCCUCUUCUUGUCGACUAUGGGUGGAAA